UCAGAAAAAAAUGGCAGCCUUUAUGUCGUAAGCUUUUCAUUUCUUUUCUAUUUUAUGAAAAGUUUUUAUUACUGAUUAAUUAACGAUUUAUAAUGUUAUUUGAAGUGAUUCAGAUGUUUACUACCAUAUUGAAUAGUUUUAAAUAGUUAUCAGGUAUUUUUUAUUUAUAUUGUAGGUGGGGCAAAUAGCUGUGUAUGCAAAUGCUGAAUAGUACCAAAGACAAUAGUGGUUCAAGUUCAGCAUUAGAAAAUAAAGAUAAUAUGAGUGCUGGGAGCGCAAGCUUAGAGCGCGAGCUGGCGCAAACGCGGCGCUUGCUGUGGGGGGAUAACGUCAAAGAGGACGUGUUUCGGCGCUGGGCUCAAGGCUUCCAGUUCAGCACCGACGAGCCCAGCGCUCUAAUUCAGCAAGAAGGAGGCCCUUGUGCCGCAAUAGCUCCAGUUCAGGGGUUCCUGUUAAAAAUACUUUUGUCAGAAACACCAGGUCACAGUUUUCAAGACUUGACCUCGGAAAAGUGCAGUUCUCUGCUUGUUAGGGCUGUGUGUACAAUAUUAAGCCAGUGUCUAGCUCCUAAGUACAAUGUGGCGGUGCACAGGAAGACUGAGACAGACGCAGAGACAAGUGCUAGCCAUAACGUCAGUGUGGAAGAGCAGCAGUGUGAUGCAAUAGAACAUUUUCAUCGCCGGAUUGAAGUGCACUCUUUCCAGACUUUAUCUGAAGUAGAAGCCUUCUACACAAGAAACAUUCGUAUUUUGAAAGACAAGUAUGGUGUUCUGUUACUACUUUACAGUGUAAUUCUUAGUAAGGGUGUGACAACAGUGGAGGCAGAACUUGCAGAGCUCUCAGAUCCUCUGAUACACUCUACUUACGGGUAUGGGUCACAAGGCCUCAUCAAUCUCAUGCUCACAGGGCGGGCUGUAGCUCACGUCUGGGACCAUGAUCAGGUAGUGGGAGGCCUGAGACUUCGUGGCAUUGAGAAACAAAAUGACAUUGGAUUUUUAACAAUCAUGGAACAUAUGCAAUACUGUACAGUUGGUUCCUAUUACAAGAAUCCCAGGCAUCCUGUGUGGGUGCUGGCUUCGGAGACUCACCUUACUGUACUGUUUUCUCUGGAGCGAAGGUUAGCUGCACCAGAGACUGCCGGUGAAUCAGCUGAGCGUAUAUUCAGGUCAUUUGACCCUGAGGGUAAUAACUUCAUCCCAUCAGCAGCACUGCAAGAUGUGCUCUGUGCAGCUGAUUUAGUAAGUGAACCUGAGUAUGUUGAACUGAUGAGGAGAAAGCUGGACUCGGAGAACCUUGGUAUUAUACUGUUGAGUGCAUUCAUGGAUGAAUUUUUCCCUGGAUGUGAGAGAGGGGCUCCAGACACGUUCACAUUGCACCAUUAUAAUGGGCUGCCGCGUAGCAACCCGGGCGGCUGCGUGGCGUACCGCACCGGCCGCGCCGCGCUGCUCGAGUGCCCGAUGCGCGCCGCCAGCACAGACCCCAUGCUGACAUGUUUACAGACCAAGUGGCCGAGCAUUGACGUGGUGUGGGAUGACGGGCACUCUCCCUCUCUCAAUUAGGAAGACCAUGAAUAAAUUUAUGCUCGGGACUCAACUGUGACUGUGAGCAUUGAGACAUAUGUUGAAUAUGUCACUUGAAAAUUCCAUUAUUUUAUUGUAUUAACUUAUGUAAAAUUGUAUCAAAUGUGGAGAAACUCUUGGUGGUCCCUUGCACUGGUCUGGACAGCUAUUUUACAUAGGCUUAGGUUAGAGUUUUACCUCGAGUGUGACCCAGUGUGGUCAGUUGGCAGACAUUAAUCCACCAGUUCACUCUUUGACAUGAAUACAUGUAUUUGUAUCAUUUGAAUUUUAUUUUAAAAAACUUUGAUGCUGGUCUGAGAACAUAUUUCUCAACAUUCCUGGAACCUGGAAUGACAAUCCGCACUCAGUGCCAGGGGAUGGGAAUACCAGCGAAUAGGACAUAGAUCUUUAUAUGUAAAAUGUUUGGCUACAGUGAACAAAAAACUUUAACGGGCAGGAAGAGAGUAACAUUAUGAACAGUAGUUUAUACUAUUUACAUAUGCUGAGCUGAAUAAACAAAUUUUGUUAAUCAAACCAUGCCUCGCUUUUUCACUCACAUUUUUGUGUCUGGCAAAAACAUGUCAAAUUAUAAUUUGUUGUUAAUUAUAAUUAAUUUUUAUACAUAGUUUUCAUUUAUAUAAUUAGGUGUAUAGUAUUAUAUUAAAAAGCAAAAUGUGAUGGAAGGUUGUGCUUUAUGAUGAGCAAUAUUGUUGGGUACGCCGAGCCCAUACUCUAGAAGCAUUGCAUUGGCAUUAAGUCAUUAUGAGGAGUCAGUGCCAGUCAGGUUGUUCAAUUCUAGUUUUUGAUAAUUAUCCAGUUUUUCUGACCAUUUGUAUGGCUCUGACUGUAUUGAUGUUUUUGUAAAAUGUAUUUAGUAUCUCAACUGAACUCUUGAUAAGAACCCAUAUUCUUUUUUCUACAUUAAUUAUUUCCAUUGAAAUUUUGCUAUUUCUUUUACCUACCUAUUCUGUUGGGUGAAAAAUCUAGUUCAUUUGUCAGUUUACUUAAUAUAACUUUCGUAAGGAAGCCAUAUUAUAGAAAACGGAAGUAAGAUCUAUACAUUUAACAUAGACAUUGUAUCUGUUAUAUAAAAUGUCACAAUGUAUAGUUCAGCAGUAUGGGCCUGGGGUGUAGAGAUCAUGUAGCUGUUACUACAACUUGUACUUUGUGUGCAAUGUAUUGUACCAACACAUUUAGCGUGACACAAUUCUGAUCAGAAUCCUUGAUCUUACCAGACUUGGAUUCCUGUAAAAUAGCUGUGCACAUUAGUGUUGCAAUAUUGAGUUAUGUAUUGAAAACUAUUUUCAGUUUAGCCAUAACAUUAAUAGUGUAAACAUGCUUUUUUAACUACCUA